GUUCAACUCAAAGUAAAAACUAAAUUCCACCUCAAUUCAACGCCCAGUUUGUCGCAAAGCACAUCACUCGACAUUAUCAUCAAAGUUUAAUUUAUUUUUCAAAGUAAUUUGAAAUUAAAUAUCAUUAAAAAUGGUGCAAGUUAUUGAAGGACUCCCAAGUUUGGAAAAAAUCAUUGCUGAAGCUGGUGACAAAUUGAUUGUCAUUGAUUUUUUUGCAACAUGGUGUGGACCAUGCAAAAUGAUUGCACCAAAAUACGAAGAACUUUCAAAGGAAAAUACAAAUGUUGUUUUCCUUAAAGUUGAUGUUGAUGAUAACGAAGAAAUUGCAAUCAAAUAUGAAAUUUCAAGCAUGCCAACCUUUGUUUUUAUUAAAAACAAUCAAGUUGUACAUCAAUUUGCUGGUGCAAGUCUUGAUAAGCUCAAAGAUUCAAUCCAAAAAUAUCAAUAAUUUAUGAAAAACAAUUUAUAAAUCAACAGUCGGCCUUUAUUGAACUA